CCCUUACACCUCCACGCUGCUUGGAUAUACACAUACAUAUCUAUCACUAUGGCCGACGACCACACUGUCGAGCAUGCGGACGGGGAGCCGGAAGUGCCCCCAAACAUGACGGACGAGGAGCUGCAGUGGCUCCGUGAGCAGCUCAAGGCCGCUGCUCUGGAGGCCGGGGUUGAGGGUGAGGGUGAGGGCGAGGAGGACUGGCAGGACCCUUCGGGCGGCGAGCUGUCCGCGCUGCUGGAGGCCGUGGAGGACGGGGACGCUGCGAGGGUGACGGAGGUGCUGAAGGCCUUCAAGGCGGACAUCAACACGCCCGGACCCGACGGCGACACGGCCCUACACCUUGCUUGCCUUUAUGGGCAUGAAGACUGCGUCCGGGCGCUGCUAGCUGGCGGCGCCGAUGCGAAUGCUGUUAACAAGGAGGAUGGGUCCACGGCGCUACACGACGCUGCAGCGGGCGGGUACCUUGAAAUUUGUGAAAUCAUUCUGGAGAAGGGCAACGCGAAGAAGCUCAUUUCGCGGUUCGAUGAAGACGGCGAGUCGGCCCUUCACACUGCCGCACGCGGCAACCACCUGGACGUUGUGAAGUUCCUCAUCGCGCGCGGCGCUGACCCCAACGCCCAGAACGGCUACGGCAACAAGCCCGUGGACGAGGCGGACGAGCAGCCCGUGAUCGACUACCUGAAGAGCCUCUAGGCGCUGCGGGGAGUGGCGGAUGCAGGGACUAGUUGUGGGCGUGGUAAUUUGCAUGGUGUAUGGUGUGUUGAAGUAGUAGGCAAUAGGCAUGCGUGGGUAUGUUGGUGCCAGAGGAGUGGUGACGGGUGCUGGGGUUGGCGCUGGUCACCCCUCGGUGGAUUCGCGGUUGCGAGGUCUGGAUAUGAUGCUGGGCGAUAGGCGGUAGCGCAUAGGUACUCAGUGAAAGGCUUAGCUGAGUUUCACGCGGGGAUGUUGCAUGGGGUGGGGAACACUGUGGGGCAGGGGUAGGGGUAGGUUUGGGAUGCCGGUGAUGGGGCCAUUCCGAACUUCAUAGACAGCAGGUUGGUUGCCUUGUUUAGAUCACUGUACGUUUCAUUAGCAGACGAAUGGAUUACGAGCUUCGUUAUUAAGUGCAAGGGGCCUGGUAUAAACAAACAUGGCCUUUGUUGAGCUCUUGCGGUCAGCCCCGAAGCGCAC